AUGUUCAAAAAGAAGAAAGACGAAGACAGGAAGCCGAUCGAGCAGGAGAUCGCCGAGCUGCAGCGAAAGUUCCGGGUCCUCGAGAAUGACAAGAGAGCCUGCAGUGAAGACUCUCAAGGCACGAUUCGAAAGCAGCGGGCUACGAUUGAGAAGCUCACGCGCGAAAAUCGCAAGAUGAAGGCCGAGCUGAAUGAGACCCGGUCCAGCACCGGCACUCAGGCGGAGGCGAAGAUGCAGCAGGAGACCCUGAACAGGCUGAGUGAGCAAAAGGAGCAGCUCACGGCAAAGACAGACGGCGAGGAGUCCGAGGCAAGAAAACUCCAGGACAAGCUGGACUCCACCCAGAGACGGAUCUUUGAGCUCCGGGAGGAGAUGGCCAAGAGUGGUGGCGUGAAUGCAGCGCUUGACAACUCCAAGGCCAUUGCUAAGCAGAUCCGCAUCCUGGAAAACAGAUUGGACAAGGGUUUGCAGAAGUUCAACGAAGCCAUUGCCGCCAACCGCACGUUGCGUGAGCAGAUUGACACGCUCCGAAGGGAGCGUGUGGUCUUCGAUGACAUUUACCGUAAGCUGGAGAAUGAGCUGCAGCAGAAAAAGAAGGAAAUGGCGAACAUCAUCGAGCAGGCAAAUGCGGCCUAUGAAGCCCGCGACUCUGCUCAGGCUCAGAUGGCCUCUCUGAAACAGCAGGCAGACAAGGAACAUGCCGAAUUCGAGAAGGAGUGGCGUGAGCUAGGCCGUCUGAUUGAGAACGACAAACGCAUGAAGGAGUUCAUGCGCACGAAGGUGCGCGGCAAAGAAGAAGGUGAGAGCAAGGAUGAGGACAAGCACAAGAAAAAGAUCACGAAGCACACCUGGGAUACGACGAAGUCUUUGGUGACAAUGACAUCCAAUCAGGACAAGGUUGCCAGCUACGAGGAAGCCUUCGCACGUAUCCAGGCAGCUACUGGAAUCUGUGACAUUGACCAGCUCGUGCAGAACUUCAUCGAUGCAGAGGACACCAACUUCUCUCUCUUCAAGUACAACAACGAGCUCAGCGCAGAGAUCGAGAAGCUUGAGCAGCAGAUUGCUGAGUACAAAGAAGAGUACAUAACCCUCAGUGGCCAGAGUAGCCGCAAGGAAGACACAGAGAAGGCAAAGAUCCUCGAAAGUUUGGAGGAAAAAUGGAACGACAUUGACCGUAAAGCUAUCACCUAUGAGGUGAAGCACCAGGAGUCGCAGCAGACCCUCUCCCACAUCAGGACCUGCAUUGAGUCGAUUUUCCGCCGGCUUGGCUGCACAGCCGAGGAUCUGCCCUGCGGCUGUGGGAGCGGCAUCUCAGAGGCCAACAUGAUGGUGUACUUGGCAAUUAUAGAGCAGCGAACGAACGAGCUUCUGAAGAUGUUCGACUCUUUGAAGCAGGAUGAUGACGAGUAUGAGAGCACCAGGCCCGCAAGAACCGGUCAGACCUCGACUAGCUUGCAGAUGAAGCUUCCGAGUACAGUGGAGGACUACUCGGAUGACGAAGAUGAUGAGGAUGAAGACGACCAGAGGCCGUUCACACGGGACGAGCUGAAAACCAAAGCAAACAAGAACUACAACAAGAAGCAGAAGAAGCCCAGGAAAACAGGAGCACAGCCAGACAAGUAA